AUGAGCUCAGGGGGAGCCCGGGAAAGGCGGCUGCCUGGAGGGCGAUGCGGGGAGGAGAAAACGGGCGGAGACCCCGAGACGGUCCUGGAGGGCGGAGGCUCCUUCGGAAGACCCAGAAAUCCCCGAAGGAUCCAGGAGGGAGGAAAGGAACAUCAGUGCCCCGAAUGUGGAAAAGCCUUCAGAUAUAAGGGAGAUCUUCAAAGGCAUCUAAGGAUCCACUCAGGAGAGAAGAAAUACGGAUGCCCAGAAUGUGAAAAGUCCUUCAAAGGCUAUGGAUAUCUUGAAAACCAUCUAAGGAGCCACUCAAGAAAGAAUCCAUUUAAAUGCCAGGAGUGUGGAAAGACAUUCAACUAUAAAAGCAACUUUGAUAGACAUGAAAGAAUCCACUCAGGAGAGAAAAGGAAUAUAUGCCUGGAGUGUGGAAAGAUAUUCAGUGAUUUGGGAAACUUUUAUAAACAUCAAAGGAUCCACUGGAAAGAGAAGCCGAAAAAAUGCGUGGAGGACGGAGGCUCCUUCGGAAGACCCUCGAGUCCCCAAAGGAUCCAGGAGGAGGGAGAGAAAUGUCAACAUCAGAGAAUCCACACUGGAGAAAAACCUUAUAAAUACCUGGAGUGUGGAAAGAGCGCCAGCCAUAGGGGCAUCCUCUAUAAACAUCAAAGGAUCAAUUUACAAAAACAGUAUAAAUGCGGGGAAUGUGAAAAAUCCUUCAAAAAUAAUGAUCAUCUUCAAAGACGUGUAAGCAUCCACACUGGAGAAAAACCAUACAAACGCUUGGAGUGUGCAAAGAGCUUCAAUCUGAGGGGAAACCUUUAUAAACAUCAAAGGAUCCAUUGCUGA